CGCAUCCUGCGAGGAGGGCGGGAGGGAAAAGAGCUGUUGCGCCUUUAAGCAGCGAGCAAAGCAUAUGUCAGGCGCGCAGCCCCUGAGUUGUCCUGCGUGUCUGUGUGCUGAGUAAGGAAUGCGGUUGCAUGCCUGACCCGUUAGCUAUGAGCCGCCGUGGUGGAUGGAUCAGCGGGGCUGCUGCUCAUGUGCUGAGCUCAUUCAGGCUGGAGCGGGAGCUGCACGCGCAGGCAGCCAGCGCAGCGCAGGCAGGGGAAGGGGCAAAGCUGCCCCCCCCACCACCACCCCCAGCCCAUCUUUCCUCUUUUUAGCUUCUUCUGAAAGCUGGCGCAGGGGGAGGCUCUGAGGGCUGCUGAUUCGGCGAGGUGGCGUAGGGUUUUUUCGGCCCGCCAGCUGUUGUUUUGUUAGGGAGAGAGGUGCCCCCGCGAGCAGCAGCUCGGCUGCCUGGAUGCCUGUGGACGUGAUGCUCGCUCCCUCCGAGGACCAGUUCUGGACAGACGUGCAUGAGGGGCAGAUGAAGCUGAAAAUAAGGGUGCGGAGGAUGAAGGAGAGCAGGGACAUGCGAGGUUUGUCAGGCGGCCGGCUCCUUGCCUCGCGAUGCGGACGGAGGGGGCGGCGGGGGGCAGCCUGGCCCCGGCUCUACGCGGGGAUGGAGAUGGGGAGCGCAGCGCGAUACAAAGAGAGCGGGCAGCGGUGAGACUGAGGCGACGAGGAGCGAGAGCACGCAAUGGGCAGAAGCCAUUUGGGAGGCGGCGGGAUGCGAGCGGGCGAUGCGCGGAUGAGGGGUCCGUCCCUCGGGUUUCCCCUGCGGUCCCUGAGGAUGCCGCAUCCCCGGUGAGGGGGAGCGGUGCGGGGCUGAGGGUGGGUGGGGGCAGAGAGGUGUGCGGGGAGCGAUGGAUGGAGCGGCACUGCGGCUGCCGGCGGAGCCAUUUCGCUUCACUCGUGGUGCUGCUGCAUGCCCAGCUGUGGGUUGGUUGCUUUCAGCGAAGGGUUUGGCAGCUUAUUGCUGUGCCGGGUGAAGGACGGGCAGAGGAGGGAGAUAUUAACUGGAGCAGCUUAAAAAUCUGCCGAGCCUGGGAUGACCUAGAUUGCCGAACGGUUGAAUCAAGAAACUUCCCCUCCAUCACCACUUAAAAUGGGAGCCUGCUAAAAGUGCUUGACAGGUUUUUGUGGCACGAACCGCAUAACCCAGCGAUGGUGUCAUUAGUAAUAAGUCAGUCCUGGAAAUGACACAUUUUCCUUUACAUAGAACGAGUAAGGUCGGUCCAAAGCAGCACAGUCACUGGAGGGAAAUGAAGCCCAGCAGCUCUGGGAGCGUGUCCGUGUUUGUGUGGGUGGAGAGCUUCCUUUCUGCUGCUUUUCCUUUUUUUUUUUUUUUUUUUUUUAAGGAAGUUCUCUGCUUGUGCUGUAUGAGCAAUGAGGUGGGGGUCCUGACCUGGGGGACUGAUCCCCAAGGUCUGCUGGGGGUGAUGCUCGGGGAAAUGGGGAAUUCAUGUGAAUCAGGAACAGGGCUGAUUCAUCGGCUUUCUCAUCGCACCCGCUUGGAAAAUAAAAAGGAGCCAGCAAUACAGGUGAUGAAAUGUAGAGCUGAAUGAAGGGAGGAUGAAAGCAGAGCCUGAGCUGGGGAAAGCACAAGGGCUGGGCAGGAUGAAGGGAGGGUGGCAGUGCAGUGUGUAAUGGGAGAACAGCAGAUAGCUCCUCCAUUGCACUGAGAUGGGUGAAAGCAGGAGCUGGAGAGGGCCCAUAUGCGUGGCUGGCUGUGGUAUAUCUAGGAGGGCUGUGCAGGAUUGGGCUUAGCAAUGAUGAGUGCAGAAAGCGUGCUUUGCAGUGACAGGCAGUACAGCAGGGAAGCAGCUCGUCCAUUGCUGCAGCCAGGAGAUGGCAGCUGGCCAGGAUGCAGAGCAGUGGGAAUUCACCCAGUGAGACAGCACCGGGCAUCACUGCUGUAAGAAACAGCAAGGGGAUAGCAGGGGGAAAACUCAACCACUGGCACCAGGAAGCUCUGAGGAAACCGGGAGCUUCCCAGCGUGCAGUGAGUAAUGGUGACAGUAAGCAGCAUUGCAUCACAGCACCCGGCUCAGCUCCCACCCAGCACAAGCAGCAGGGAGCCGACGCUUCACAAGGAGGGAUUUUCCCAGCGGCUUGGAGGAUGACAUGUACUGUGCCUGGCCCCCCUGCCACCCUUCUUUCCAUUCAACCUGCCGUUGAGGCAAGGUUCUUGUAACGUUCCCAGCUCUUGUCAAAAUCUCCCAGAAUCCCAUUUUGGAGGCUGCUCGGCUGCACCCCAGCCCAGCACUGCUGAGAUGUGUGCUGGCGCGUGUGCCUGCUGCCCCUUGCCACGUGCCACCCUGGCAGCAGCUGCCAGCACCGCAGGCAUCUUAAUGAGAGCUGGGCAGAGCCUCUCUCAGCCUCCUCUUGGGAGGUUUGGGAGGGGUUAGGGGUCUUCAGCACAGCAUGGCAGCAUCUCUACGCUUACUGGUCUGUUAGCUGAUAGGCACUGGGGCUGUGCCAGACUGCUGCAAAGGCUCUGGCACCUGCUCAGAAACCCCCAGCAGCUUCUUAAUGUUUGCUAUAGGUACGGUGAGGGUAAAGAGGGCUGUAAAGCACCUCUUUAACACCUGCUGUAGCUCUCCUGCUUGCUCCUGGUCUUGGGGCUUGCAGCUCUGGCUGGCUGCUGCAGAAUGGUGACACGGUGCAGGAACAUAUCGCUUCUUCCCUGUCUCCUUUUGGGCAGGCUGAUGUGUUUUUCCCAGAGUUGGGGACAACAUCUGAGGCUGGAAAACAGAUGAGGUGUCGCUGGUGUCCACACCAUAAGCUCCAUUUCCAAAUGCUGGUGAUAGGAGAAUGGUUGGACUGGAUAAUCUUAGAGGUCUUUUCCAACCUUGUUGAUUCUAUGAUAAAGUGACAAUGGAGAGGUCCCUGGUGUCUCUCUCACCCUCUGGUAUUAUCCAUAUUCCUGGCACCAAUACAGGAGCUCUUUGUUCCCGACAAAUCCACCUUCACUUGAAAGCUGUUUGAUGCACAGCAGGGAGAGCCUAGUGAAGAUGAAGGUGGACGUGGGAUAGCAGUGUGGGACUUCUCCCCUCCCCUGCUGGACACCAGAUACUACCCCAUCUCCAGGGCCAUGCAGCAGGGCUGCAAGUGAUAAUGCCCAGGAUUAUUUCUCUGGGGAUAUUACUGAAAUCCCCCAACAUUUAGGGGUUGUUUUCACCCCCAUCUCUCCCCUGGUGCUGCUUCAUGGCUUCCUGCUUUGCCAGAAGCCCCUCACCAGCAAGCAAGGCCAUGGGAAAACAUCAAGAAGACCCAUAAGCACCAACAUACAUCAGAUAGAACUCCUUCCUGACCCUAAUUCUCCAUGUACCCAGAGGAAGGAAGACCACUGGGCUCCACUGCUCUCUCUGAACAAAGGCUGGGGUGUGCAGCCUGGGAUGCAAAGGGGAAAGCCCAGGUAUUGGUGGGAGCACUGCCAAGGACACUCACCGCCUUUGGGAUUGUUUGGAAGAGCUGCUUUGCUUUCUAAAAAUGCAAGGCAUGCUGGAGCAGCUGGCACAGGCGGGGUGAGUACUGCUGCGGGGUUGGACCAGCAGUGGGUACCCAUCUCUAGGGUUUCCCCUGAGCAGCUGUGAGAGGGGUGGAGAGCGUGGGGGAAAUGAGGACAGGAGGGAUGGAAGCGCAGCUGAAGGAGAUUUGCUUGGGGCCAACGAGUGGCCUAUGCCCCCACUGCUGCUUCCCAUGCAGGGGAGGCCAAGGGGGAGAAGGCAAUGCCUGCGUGUCCCAGCCUGCUGUAGCGAUGAGGUCACCACACGCUCAUGGCUUUUGAAGAGGGAUCUGAAGCUGGAGGCAGCCUCAGGCGACUGUUGAUGGGUAGGAGCAAAAGUGAGAGGCUGGGGAACAGAGCACUGCUCUCUCAUGCUGUACGUGUGCCCCGCUCCCCAUAAACACACUGAGUUUCUCUGGAAACCCUCCACAUCAUUGUGCACAAGUCAAAUCCGUGUCCUAUUACACCCUGCACGCUUGCAGAAGGCACGCUUUCUUCACCAUGCAAACCUUUAUCCCCCAGCUUCUCCCCACGUGUGCCUGCAGCUCGAGUGGGGCAGCGACACGUGUGCAGGGUGCUGAUUUACACUCCUUGGCAAUGGGGACGAGGCACCAGGGUGAGUGGUAACCAGAGCUGCACUGCACCUGUGCUGGGCCUCCUUCUUUUGCUGUGAUUUAAUGUCCCAGUUGAGAGGUGAUGUCAUUUCAGAGGGAGCCAGAGAAGAGGAAGUGCUAGAGAAGAUGAUAAGGUGCUUUAACUCUUUGCCUCCUGACUCAGCCAAGUUUUAAAGCUGAGCCUUGUGUUAGCCACCAGCCAGGGAAAUGUAAGAGAGAGGAGGAAGAUUGGCUGGAGGACGUCUUCUGGGGUUGAUGCAGGAGCUGCUCCCCUGGAGGAGGCUGUAACUUAUAAGAUGCAAGGAGAUGGUGAUGGAGGAUGGAGUGAGUGUGAUUUCAUGCCCUGCUCUGAUUUCCAGAAGUUUCCUGCAGAAGAAUCAGCAGAACUACUACAAAAUCCUGGAGAAGGUAUACUGAGCAUGCCAAGCCUGCCCUGCUUCCAAGAGGAGAGGCUGAGUGGAGCAGUCAUUAGUAAGGGCUCAUUAAAAGGACUCAUUCCAUUGCAGAGAUAGGCAGUAGUGUUGAAUCCUGUGGUGCUAGAUCCAAGAUAGGAACUUUCAAAAGGAGGGUCCCAGUCAAACCCCGGAGUCUUCACUGCCCUUUGGGUGAUGUACUCAUUUUUUAUGAUUGGGAAGACCUCUGGGAAUGUUGGUUGGGCUGAUAUAACCCAAGGUGCCCCCUAUUACAAAGAUGUACUGCUCAGCUGUCGUCUUCUGGGAGGGAAUGAGGUUGGGCCACCAUCUUACUGUACCCCAGGGAAUAGGAUCACUGUGCAAGAGAAGUCAUCGUAGUCUUCCAGUGCUGGCAAAUAAUGUUCCAUGUUUCCCUUUCCACAUUCUGUAUUUGGUUGCGUUGUGACUGCACACAACGGUAGAGGCUGCAAGCUCAGAUCCCUUUUCAAGCCACACCAUUAACUGUAGCUGAGUCUUUCACACUACAGAGCACGACUCCACAAAUCAAGAUAACCAGUGCCCUUAUGUGACCAUGCAUGAUGUGCAGCAGUGCUUUGUGUUGCUACAGCAAUGCUCGCUGCCAAAGCCUCUAUUCCUGCCUCGUGAGCGGGAAAUUGUCUUUGGGGCAGGUUUGUUCCCAUUUAGACCAUGCAUUUGAUGGUGCUAGACACCAUACCAUUGUCAGAUGCCACCUAUUGCAGCCCUGGCUGGGCAUUUUCUCGAUAGUGGGCUUUGAUAUGCUGAGAUGGUAUGAGUAGGUUGUUGCAGAACACUGGGCACAGCUUGCUGUCAUGUUCACCCAGGUCAGACUGUGAAAAAUGGUGAGGAAAUCUGUUCAAGAUAAAUUAGAUUUCUCCCCUUCUGGCAAAAUGUACAUUGCAGACCCCUCUACAAUUUUGCAGGCUCCCUUUUCUAAUUAGUGCCACCGUGCAAACCGGGCCAGCCUUUGGCUAUUAGAAAGGCAGGAAAUCUGUGCACGAUAUCGCUGCCAGACUGUGAGCCAGCUCGAGUGCAAUGGCCUACAGGUAGCCAUGUGGUACUCUGGUCAGAAAUCCCAGGCUUGGGCUUGUUCAGCAAUAGCCCAUCAAGUCUUCCUGCCCUGGUGUUUUUUACUAGCAAAAAGUGACCCUAGUUAUCCCCAGAGGGUAAGCAAGUUCCUGUCAUUUGUCUGGAUGAAGCUGUGAAAGGCAGGAGGCAAUGCAAGGUCGUUUCAAGUUGCACCAGAGGAGGUUUAGAUUGAACCUUUGGAGAAAUUUCUUUAUGGAGAAGGUGAUCCAGCAUUGGGGUGGGCUGCCCAGGGAAGUGGUGCAGUUCUCAUCCCUGAGAGGUACUGAAAAUGUGCGUGGAUGUGGUGUUAAGUUUAGUGAUGGAACUUGGUAACUCAGAUUAAUGGCUGGGCUUAAUGGUCUUGAAGGUCUUUUCCAAACCUACAUGAUUGUAUGAUUCUAAGUUACCUCACAUGUGCAUUAAUAUCCAGCUGCAGCAGGAAAAAAAAAGAGCUGGCUCUUCUGUGUGUGUAUGGCACAGUCAUCGCAAUGUGUCUGCACUGGUUAACAAUGGUUGUUGGAUUUCUGUUCUGCAAAGCUCUGCACUCAUCAUGGGCAAUUAUCACCAUUUCAUCCCCAGCCCUCCAGGUGACAAGUACUGCUGGUCCCGGACUUGCUGCUGUGAGCUCAAUGCCCCUGUUUUCUCUGCAGGAGGCUUUGCCACCUUCUCAUCCUGUUUCCCGGGGCUCUGUGAGGGGAAGCCAGCUGCCAUCCUGCCGAUGAGCAUCUCCCAGCCCUGCUUGCCUGUGGCCAAUGUCGGCCCCACACGCAUCCUGCCGCAUCUCUACCUGGGCUCCCAGAAGGAUGUCCUGAACAAGGACUUGAUGACACAGAAUGGGAUAAGCUAUGUCCUCAACGCCAGCAACUCCUGUCCCAAGCCAGACUUCAUCUGUGAUAGUCACUUCAUGCGCAUUCCUGUCAAUGACAACUACUGUGAGAAGCUGCUUCCCUGGUUGGAUAAAUCCAUUGAAUUUAUUGACAAGGCCAAGGUGUCCAGUUGCCAAGUGAUCGUGCACUGCUUGGCAGGGAUAUCCCGGUCAGCCACCAUCGCUAUCGCCUACAUCAUGAAGACCAUGGGUAUGUCAUCCGACGAUGCUUACAGGUUUGUUAAGGACCGCCGCCCAUCGAUCUCACCCAACUUCAACUUCCUGGGCCAGCUCCUGGAGUACGAGAGGAGCCUAAAGCUCCUUAAGGCCCUGAAGGCCCAGGGCGACCGGGGUGAGGGAGAAGCUCCUCAGGACCCAACCGAGGCACCCGAGGCUGGCAGGCACCCCACACCGUCUACCUCAGAGAAGGUUGAGGACGUACCGAGAAGCACAACCUCUGCACCCCCACCCAGUGACCCUGAAAGGCAAGGUGGGCCGCCCAAGGUCUUGUCACCCACAGCACUGCAGCAGGGACUCAAUGGCUUGCACCUUUCCUCGGAGCGCAUCCAGGACACCAACCGCUUGAAACGCUCCUUCUCCCUGGACAUCAAAUCCGCCUACUCCCCUGGCCUGCGGCAGGACCCCCCAGGCCUUCCCAGCACUGGGGAGGCCCCCAAGCUCUGCAAGUUGGACAGCCCCUCGGCACCCAGCGGCCAGUUCUCCCCAGUGCCCGACAGCCCCGACUGGCCCAGUGGGCCAGACCUCCUGCUGGAAGCCAAGGUGAGGCAGCGACGCAAGCACCGGCACCAAGCCGGCUCACCAGCCCACGGCCUCAGCCUCAACAUCGGCUCUGCCCGCAAGAGCCCCGGGGCGGACGACAGCCUCCAGCCAAGGCUCAGCCUGCCUGGCCCACCACAGGCCUCCAAUGGCUCCUGGGGGAGCGUCCACCUCGAUUCCCCCAGCACCCCCUCCUCUGAGGGAGGAUGGUACUUCGGCACGGACUCAGCCAGUAGCGGUGGCGGUGGCACCGGCGGUGGGACGCUGUUCAGCGGCACCAGCCCGUACCCCCCGUUUGGUUGCAAUGGGAUGACGGGGGGCUGCGAGAUCAGACUGAGGGACAAGCAGCGGGCCGAGGCGCGGGAUGGGAGGCACAGCUGGCAUGAGGAAGCCGGCGCCGAGAAGCAGUUCAAGAGGAGGAGUUGCCAGAUGGAGUUCGAGGAGACCAUGUCCGAGGGCAGGUCCCGGGAGGAGCUGGGCAAAAUAGGCAAACAGUCGAGCUUUUCGGGCAGCAUGGAGAUCAUCGAGGUGUCCUGACACCCAUCGUGGGUGGUUAGAGAGAAAGGGGUGGGGGGAUAUUUAAGAUGGGGAGAGA